GUCGGCGCGCGUGUAAAACUUUCAACUGCUCCCCGUUUUACUGUACCCGAACAAAACGAGAAGAGAGAGAGAGAGAGAGAGAAGGUUUGAAGCAAACCUUCAACUUCUUCACUUUCUCCUUUCAUAUCUCUCAUCGCUUCAUAAACUGUCAGUUCGCUCACUCUCCAAUUUUCUACGAUCAAACCUUUCUAUUUCUUUCCUCUGAAAUUGGUGCCAUGGGUUUAGUCGAUGGCGACUUCGAGCUCAGGGAGAUUCAGAAACUCCAAGGACACACCGAUAGGGUUUGGAGCUUCGCCUGGAAUCCAGCUACUGGAACCGGUGACAUCCCUCCGGUUUUUGCUUCUUGUAGUGGCGAUAAGACCGUUCGAAUCUGGGAGCAGAGCCCUUCCUCUCGCUCUUGGGACUGCAAGGCAGUUUUGGAAGAAACACACACUAGAACUGUUCGAUCUUGUGCCUGGUCACCAUCUGGGAAAUUAUUGGCCACUGUAAGCUUUGAUGCCACUACUGCCAUUUGGGAAAAUAUUGGGGGUGAUUUUGAAUGUGUUUCUACUCUAGAGGGUCAUGAAAAUGAAGUUAAAAGUGUGUCUUGGAAUGCUUCUGGGUCUCUGCUUGCAACAUGUAGUCGAGAUAAAACUGUGUGGAUUUGGGAAGUAAUGCCAGGGAAUGAGUUUGAGUGUGCUUCAGUAUUGCAAGGACAUACACAAGAUGUUAAAAUGGUCAAAUGGCAUCCAAGUAUGGAUGUUCUGUUUUCUUGUAGCUAUGAUAACACCAUUAAGGUUUGGGCUGAAGAUGGUGAUGGUGAUUGGCGCUGUGUUCAAACCUUGUGUGAAUCCAACAAUGGUCACACUUCUACCGUUUGGGCACUUUCUUUUAAUGCUGAAGGAGGCAAAAUGGUGACCUGUAGUGAUGAUCUUACUCUAAAGAUAUGGGAAACAGAUAUUGAAAGGAUGGUAUCUGGUGAUGAUCACACACCUUGGAGUCACAUUUGCACUCUCUCGGGUUUUCAUGAUCGAACAAUUUUUGGAGUUGACUGGUCAAGGGAAGGUAUUAUAGUCAGUGGAGCAGCAGAUGAUGCUAUUCGAUUUUUUGUGGAGAGCAAAGAUGGUUUGGUUGAUGGUCCUUCAUAUAGACUACUGCUGAAAAGAGAAAAAGCUCAUGACAUGGACAUAAAUUCAGUGCAAUGGGGUCCAGGGGAGAACCGGCUUCUUGCUUCUGCAAGUGAUGAUGGAACGAUAAAGAUAUGGGAGCUGGCAACUCUUCGCUGAUACAUCUGUUUGAAGAUCCUUCUUGCCCUCAUUAAGGUUUCUGAUUGUUGUGGUCUGAUAUUGGAGAAAUUUUAUACUACAAACGCAUGUAUGUAUAACUAUUGUACUAUAACCAUUGAUCAUGGUUAUAUUCAAUGAUUAACAUGUAACCGUUUUACAUACAACCAUUGUAUGGAAUAAUUUUUCCUGAUAUUGUUGUAAAAACGAUCUUCCUUCAUGGCCACAGGCCCUU